CCACGAUUAUUCCACGUAUCUGUGAGCUUAAAACAUUUUUAUAUUUGUAAGAAGAUUAAUAAAAAUAUCAUGACAAAAUUUUCAAACAGCCGACAUGGACAACUAAACGCCCUCUGGUAGUGACAAAAGAGAGUUAUUGUUCGAAACUUGUGAAGACCAUUUGAGUUUUGCCGUCCAAUUGCAAACACCAAUUGACCCUUACCUGUGUUGUACAAAGUACGUGAAACAAUGAAAGCCAAGGGACAAUUAAAGGAAUAUGAAGUGAUAGGGCGCAAGCUCCCUACGGAGAAGGAGAAGACCACGCCUCUAUACAAAAUGAGUAUAUUCGCUCCCGAUGCGAUUGUUGCCAAAUCCAGGUUCUGGUAUUUCUUGCGACAAUUGAAAAAGUUCAAGAAAUCUACUGGAGAAAUCGUAUCUCUCAAGCAGAUAUCGGAGAAAACACCAAUGAAAAUCAAGAACUUUGGUGUCUGGCUGAGAUAUGACUCCCGUUCCGGUACACACAAUAUGUACAGGGAAUACAGAGAUCUCUCCGUCAGUGGAGCUAUAACUCAGUGUUAUAGAGACAUGGGUGCGCGUCAUCGUGCGAGAGCACAUUCGAUACAGAUUAUUAAGGUGGCUGUUGUGGAGGUUGCGAACUGCCGCAGGCCACAGGUUAAGCAAUUCCACGACUCCAAAAUUAAGUUCCCGCUGCCCAAGAGAAUCCAUCACAGGAACAGAAUGCCGUUGUUCAGUGUUCGUAAGCCACGUACUUAUUUCCUCUAAGUGCUAUGUAUAUUCAUAUAUAACAUAAAAGGAAAUAAAAGCGUGUUUGAAAUAUAA